AUGUCGAAAGUUAGAGCACGGCUGCCAUGCUGGGGCCAUGCACCACGAGUGCGGUCUUCCUUGAUCCAACGACGAUCGUUUGCGGCUGUUACAGAUCUUCCAGCACGAGAUACACCCUUCGACGUGGUGGUCAUUGGUGGUGGCCAUGCAGGAACUGAGGCCAGCGCUGCUGCGGCGCGAUCUGGAGCACGUACAGUACUGGUCACGCCAUCUGUUGAGAAUCUGGGAGUCUGCUCUUGCAACCCAUCGUUCGGAGGUAUAGGCAAGGGUACUAUGCUACGAGAGAUCGAUGCCCUGGAUGGAGUUGCAGGAAGGAUAAUUGACAAAGCUGGCAUACAGUUCCGAAUCCUCAAUCGCAAGAAGGGUCCUGCUGUUUGGGGACCACGAGCUCAGAUCGAUCGAGAUUUGUACAAACGAUACAUGCGAGAAGAGAUCACAACCACUCCUGGGCUGAGCGUGUUGGAAGGAAAAGUGGCUGACAUUAUAGUGUCGAAAGAAGACAUACCUGAGGACGACAAAGUUUCUACUGGCAAGAUCACAGGGAUACGGCUUGAAGAUGGUCAAGUCAUUACAGCGUCGCAGGUUGUCAUCACUACAGGCACGUUUCUAGGUGGUGAGAUACACAUUGGCUUGGAAGCAUUCCCAUCUGGAAGGAUGGGUGAAGCCGCCACCUUCGGUCUCAGUAAAUCGUUACGAGAUGCUGGCUUCCAGCUUGGCAGACUUAAGACAGGUACUCCUCCACGACUCGAUCGAGACACUAUAGACUUCUCCAUUCUCGAGCCGCAGCCUGGUGACUCACCUCCACAUCCCUUCUCCUACCUGAACAGUACCGUACAGAUUGGCGAUGAAGGACAGCUUUCGUGCUGGGCAACAUACACAAAUGAAGCCUCGCAUACAAUAGUCCGAGAGAACCUGGACAAGUCAAUACACAUCAGGGAAACAGUCAGAGGCCCACGAUACUGCCCUUCCUUAGAAUCUAAAAUCAUAAGAUUCGGUCACAAGUCGCAGCAUAUGAUCUGGUUAGAGCCCGAAGGUCUUGAACCAAACAAGGUGGUCUACCCUAAUGGUGUCAGCAUGACUAUCCCAGCUGAUGCGCAGUACGCUCUUAUGAAGACAGUGAGAGGUCUCGAGAACGUAAAGAUGUUGCAGCCUGGUUAUGGUGUGGAGUACGACUAUAUUGAUCCUCGAAACCUAUUUCCGACCCUCGAGACGAAGUUGAUCAAAGGUCUCUUCCUGGCUGGACAGAUCAACGGCACAACAGGCUAUGAAGAAGCUGCUGCUCAAGGAAUAGUAGCCGGCAUAAAUGCAGGGCUCUCAGCACAAGGGAAAGAACCAUUCACAUUGUCGCGGUCUGAAGCAUUCAUAGGUAUAUUGAUCGACGAUCUGAUCACAAAGGGUGUUAGUGAGCCAUAUCGCAUGUUCACCACAAGAAGUGAAUAUCGGAUGAGCUGCAGAUCUGACAACGCAGACCUUCGAUUGACCGAAAAGGGAAGAAACGCGGGCGUCGUAGGCAGCAAAAGGUGGUCUGCCUUCUCCACCAACAAGGACACAUUACAGGACUUGCAAAAUCUGCUGGAUACACACAAGCUGUCCACACAGAAAUGGCUGAAUAUGGGCUUUAGCGUUAGAGUUGAUUCCACGCAUCGUACUGCAGUUGACAUGCUGCGGCUGCCUGGUAUUGACAUUGACACUGUCCUCGACAAACUGGGAAAGGCCGAGCUGGCGGCGAAUUACGAUGACAACACAAAGAUGAGGGUCCAGAUCGAGGCGACGUAUGCACCCUACGUGGUCCAACAGGACAAGCACGCAAGGGCGUUCGAAAAGGACGAGGCAUUGACCUUACCCAAGGACUUGGAUUACGACAAAGUUUUCGGUCUCAGCAUGGGAGAAAAAGAGGUUUUGAAGAUGGUCAGACCCACAAGCGUUGGCAUGGCUGGCAGAGUGGAAGGUGUCACUCCGGCAGGUGCGUUGAGAUUACUCAAGCAUAUGUACUGCAUGCUCAGCGAGCUGAUGCUGAAGGUGCAAUCGCUGCCGCAGGAUGACACGAUUAAAGAUGAUGACUUGGAUAUGCAUAGCGAGGCGCAAAGGCUUGGAGAUAGGGUAUUGAUGUGUGAUACGUAG